GCUAACCCCGGCCCCUCCCCUGUCCUCUGGACUGAAAUGGGGAACACACUGGGCCUGGCACCGAUGGGGGCUUUGCCCCGCCGGAGCCCCCGGCGAGAGGAACCUCUGCCCAACCCUGGGAGCUUCGAUGAGCUGCACCGGCUAUGCAAAGAUGUGUUCCCAGCACAGAUGGAGGGAGUGAAGCUCGUUGUCAACAAGGUUCUGAGCAGCCAUUUCCAGGUGGCUCACACCGUGCAUAUGAGUGCUCUGGGCUUGCCAGGCUAUCACCUCCACGCGGCCUACGCGGGGGACUGGCAACUUAGCCCCACAGAGGUGUUCCCCACUGUGGUAGGGGAUAUGGACAGCAGCGGCAGCCUCAACGCCCAGGUCCUGCUCCUCCUGGCAGAGCGGCUCCGAGCCAAGGCUGUCUUCCAGACGCAGCAGGCCAAGUUCCUGACGUGGCAGUUCGAUGGCGAGUAUCGAGGAGAUGAUUACACAGCUACUCUGACCCUGGGGAAUCCUGACCUGAUUGGGGAAUCGGUGAUCAUGGUCGCUCACUUCCUGCAGAGCCUCACCCAUCGGCUGGUGCUGGGAGGAGAGUUAGUUUAUCACCGGCGGCCAGGCGAAGAGGGGGCCAUCUUGACCCUGGCUGGGAAGUACUCGGCCCUGCACUGGGUGGCCACGUUGAAUGUGGGAUCAGGUGGGGCCCAUGCAAGUUAUUACCACAGGGCCAACGAACAGGUUCAGGUCGGGGUGGAGUUUGAGGCAAACACGAGGCUACAAGACACAACCUUCUCCUUUGGUUACCACCUGACUCUGCCCCAGGCCAACAUGGUGUUUAGAGGCUUGGUGGACAGUAACUGGUGUGUGGGUGCCGUGCUGGAGAAGAAGAUGCCCCCCUUGCCUGUCACCCUAGCCCUCGGAGCCUUCCUCAACCACUGGCGCAACAGGUUCCAUUGUGGGUUCAGCAUCACUGUGGGCUGAGGUUGUCCCAGAGCCGGCACCCGCUGAAGCUGGAGCCUCCGAGUCAGGUGCCCGAGGGCCAGAGACUAGGCCCCUCUCCAGAGCCCACCCUGCCGGGUGACCUCUAGGUCCCAGGAGCAGAGUGGGGGACAGGGCCGUGCCCUCCUCAGAACUGGGGCUGCCGCAGGGGCGGCUGCCGAGGGGCUGGCGUGAGGCUCCGACCUCUGCCACCAGCCCCCCCCCCGCCCCCGGCGUCCUCUUCCCGUGCUCUUGUGGCUCUGGACCGAGGGAGAAGGAUUAGGGGGUCUGGCUGGCUGACUUCUCUCCCCUCACUCCCCCCCCCCCCGCCCCUACAUCUCCCUGUCGAUUAAAGCUCCCAGCGUCUUCCUCUUCAGAGCAGAAAAGUCUGCAUGGGAUCAGCUCCCCGUCCUGUUUUCCAUCCCAGAGUCUCCCGAGGGCUGAAGGGCUAAAUCUUUGCCCUGGGAAAGUGGGCCCCCCCUCACUUCCCGGAAGGCGCUUCUUUACCUCUUCGCCCCGAGGCUCCCUCCUUCCUCAUUCUCUGUGCUUCCGGAGAACAACUCUGUCCCCGUGGUCGUCCCCCACGGCCCCCAAGACUGCAUGAAGAGGCAGUUAUCGCUUUGGUCUUUCAUUGCCACCACUGGGCUCCCUUUCUAGCGGUCCCAACCUCUGGCCCCAGUAUUUCCCCCUUCCCCAGUCCCGUGUGUCCACAUGGGCUGGGGCCUCAGCUGCAGAUCUCCUGGAGCAGUGGCAUCAUGGCGGCCAGCCCCUGGAUGUGCCGGAUUUGGUAGCCAAAGGCGUUGUUAAUGCUCCGGAGCUCGGCCAACAGGCCCAGCAGCUUCGCAUACAGAAACCUUUGGAGGAAGCGGUGGGGUCACCAGGGAAAGAGGAGGAAAAUAAGGUAGCUGAGAGUCUUGCCCUGACGUCCUGAGCCCCUGAACUGUCCCUCGGCGAAGCUAGGUCUGACCCCUAGAGAAAAUCACGCUCUGGUAGGACAAAUUUAUCCAGAAUUCCAAAAGGUCCCCGAGGGGGUCCUCUGACACUUUCCUCUCUCACCAUGCCGUAUUUCUUGAACCCAGAGGUCUGAGGGCCAAGUGUGAAGAAAGCCCCAGAUGUGGCCAGGACGUCACCUGUGUGGAGUCUGUGGAUCGGGUCUUCUAGAGCAGGUUCUAGAAGGUGGGUGCGUCCUGUGGUGUAAAGCAUCCCUCUCCUGGCCAAACCGGCUCAUUGAGGAACAGCCGAGAACAAGGGGAGUGCCCCUCAGAGCCUGAGUAGAUCACGGACUUUUGGGCCAGGGGACCGGCCUGGGCCAUGAAACUGAACGACCCCGACUUCAAGGGGGAAUGAAUGAAACAUUAACGGGCCCCACGGAGAGAAGGGGAAGGGCCAAGGAAAGAGAGCGAACGAGAGACUUGGCCGGCUGCUUGAGCCUGGAGAGUGGACGGGUGAGACAGUGGAUGUCAUCAAUCUCAGGAAUGCUGUUAUACAGAGCCUGCCAGCUCCUACUUUGCAUCUCUACCGAAUAAAAAAAAAAAAUCUGGAAAAAAUCAGGUGAAACGCCUGUAGGAGCACUUUGGAUGCCAGAACUCGACGAGGCACGAGGGAAGGACUCGAGCCCCCGAGGGACCCGGUUUCCCAGAGGAAGGGACAGUAAAAGCACUCCCCCUGA